UUGCUCCGCUUGUUCAGCAAGGUGGGCUCGGAAGCUAAGCUAGCUACCUAUCCGGUGUCGGCGCUGUUGCUAACACACCCUAACCCAACCUCCAGCGAACUGCGUUGUAGCUCGAUAGGAGCACGUAGCUAACGUGCUCGCUUGCUUCACAUGAUGCCGAUGCCAGUCUGAGUGUGCACGCUAGCUAGCGUAGUUGCUAAUUGUGAGGAAGAGAGAGGCUUGGCGCCACCACCACUACCAGCAGCAGCAGCAGUGACACGGACAGUCCUGACUUCAGCUCUCUCCCGCUGCUAGCCGGAGAUCUCCCCCCGCCUGUGAAUGAGGUAGUUACAGCUAGCUACAACACACCGAGGCGGCGGAUACAUGACUACCUCUGAACCACGACACGAGCUACGAAAGGGAAAUCUUGCAGUUCAUGUUUCGCCAAGAAGUCAGUGUGACGUCUUUUAUUCCAUCUUGUUCGUAUCUUUUCCAACACGAGAAGAGGAAUAUGUCCAGAUAUAACAUAUACAGCCUGUUGGACUGGAUCUAUGGCGGGGUGGACCCGAAGUUUGAAGGCAACGGGGGCCCCGAGUGUGCCGCCUUCAUCGCGCCCCAGCAACGCGUCAGUGAAAGUCUGGUCAUCGUCCUCAUCUCCCUGGUGGAGAUUGGCGUGGCACUGAAGAAGAUAAACCUGUCCAAAGAGCUCAAAGUGGUGGGAAGGGACUGCGUACGGACGAAGGAGGACAGUCUGGGCAAGAACCUGUUGCUGGUUGCCCUCUGCAUGACUUUUGGAGUGGAAGUUGGGUUCAAGUUCGCGACCAAGACUGUGAUAUAUCUGCUGAACCCGUGUCAUGUCGUGACCAUGGUGCAGAUCUUCCUGCUGGCCUGCCCGCCAUGUAAAACAGCAAUGGUUGUAUUUAGGCUGCAGGUCCACAUGUUGAAUGGUGCAUUACUGGCUUUAAUGUUCCCUGUAGUCAACACCAGACUGCUUCCCUUUGAGAAGGAGAUCUACUAUAUCCAGCACUCCAUGCUGUACCUGGUGCCUCUCUACCUGUUCAGGAAAGGAGGUGUUUACAAGCCUGAACCUCUCGGGGACAUGUGGUGGGCGCUGCUCUCCACCGGCAUCCUCUUCCUCUAUCACUUCCUCUUCCUGCAAGUCCUUGGCCUGGCGACUGAGGUCAACCUGAACAACAUGCUGUGCCCGGCCGUGUCCGAUCCCUUCUACGGGCCUUGGUACCGGGUCUGGGCCACGGGCCACCAGACCCUGCUGACCCUCAUCCACGGGAAGCUCCUCACGCUCCUGUCUCAACACACCGGCUCCGUCUGCAGAAACCUGCUGGACACUCUCCGACUGCGCAGCAAGAAAGUUGACUGAAUGCCCAGGAAGUCGCACCGAGCCGCUCUCUCUAAACGCCUGCUAUUACCGCGCAGAAUUUUUUUUUAAAGCAACAUUUUAAUGCAUCUUUUAAGACUUACCAUCUGUUUUACUGAAACACGUCAGCAUUUCAGGGCCAGUGAGUCAAUGUGUCAUUCUUUUAGUGUUGUAUUUGGCUUGCAUACAUACUUGCAUGCACAGACGUAAUAGGCAUUUGAAGGCUGGUAGUUAGCAGCAGUCAGUGGAGCUGGCCUUUGGUGGGAAAACAAUGUAAGUGGAUUUGUGGGUGAUUUCUCAAGCUGCCUUUUCGUAACUGUUUUAAAGACAGAAAAACGAGUCGCUGAAAUGUCACUACUGAUCUGCAGUUGUUACACUCUCAGUUCUUUACGUGGUUGUCAUGAUAGAUCUAUGUUAGUGGGUAAAGCUGCCAUUUUAUUUGUCUCCAGCAGAUUGUGAAUGUGAGCUGUUGUAAAAGUUAUUGCUUGUUUAGUUGGAGGUUUUUGUUUUUCUUUGAUCACCUCUCAGUGUUGUCAUGACUGAAAAAAAGACAUUUAUUUAUGGCGUCCCUCUGUCCUCACUCCAUCGCCCACGUGUACAGGUUAUAAAGCAUCAUUGUCAGUGGCCUCUCUCUGUCUCCAGUUCCCAUCAUUCCAGUUGUGAUAAUCAGGGGACAUGAGGAUGUCUUACAUGCCGAGUGAGGAUUCGUGGAUCUACACUGGGAUGUUGUUAUCACCUCUGCCAAGGAGGGAAAGUUUUUUCUGUUGUGUUACGGUGAUAUUGGACCACAGUCAGUGAGGUUUAGACUUCAGUGAGUCGUAUCGAUGAAUGUGACGUUUGUCGAGACAGAAAACAUCUUGACAAAAUGUAUCUGGGCUGGAUUCAUGCUUAAUGACACUUGAAUACAGAGACGCCCUGAAGUCACUCCACCACCUCCACGAGUCACAACCUCCGUUUCAUACACGGAAAAAAAUGCAUCAGAUGAUCUGCAUGAAGUCACUUCGAGUCGCUUAUUGACUGUCCAUGCAAAAGAAAGUAUUAAUUAUUAGAUUGAUAAUUGGAACAUGUCAGUCUGGGUAUAUAACAUUUCAAGUAUGAGGGACGUGUUUAUUACUGUAGCAUAUUAUACUGUAUUUCACUGUAAAGAAGGGAUAAGAAACUUUUGUAUUUCUAUUGGUUUGAGUCUAUGUGCUGUAUUGACAAUAAAAGUGAUG